CUUUUCAAAUUUUCCAGAAAUAUUUUCAAAAAAGACAGAACUUUCAUAAAUUCUUUAAAAUACAACUCCAGUAGUGCCUUGGUUAUUAAGACAUCGAAUCUAAUAAAAAGGGGAAAUAUUGAGGCGUAACAAAAAUAUGUAGCUGGGCUUGUCUCCGAAAGCCGAUAACCGACAAUAAAUUCUACAGUUUCAUUUCUAACUAAACACCGGUGCUUACGACAUACUAACGACAGUUUUAAAAUACUGUUGAUUGUGGCUAGUUUUCAGUAAGAAAUUGUUGGAGAGUUAAAAUGAGUACGGAUAAUAAAGUACCUGCUAAGGUGGUGCAAAUAUAUCAAGAUAUUAGUGGAGAUGACCCUGAUGUCACUGAAAUUGAAAGCCUUUGUGUCAAUUGUGAAUUACAGGGCAAAACCAAAAUCUUACUCACUAAAAUCCCAUUUUUCAAGGAAGUGAUUAUUAUGUCAUUUCAAUGUGAUCAUUGUGGAUUUCAUAACAAUGAACUAAAGCCAGGUUCAGCUAUACAACAACUAGGUGUGCAGUACAAAGUUCGAAUUAUUUCUAAGAAGGAUUUAAACCGGCAAGUUAUUCAAACUGAUUCUGCUUCAGUAAAAAUACCAGAACUAGACUUUGAAGUUCCACCAGGGAAAGGAAGCAUAACUAACGUUGAAGGUUUGAUAACAAAUGCAAUAACAGGAAUUGAGUUUCAACAACCCCUCCGAAAAAUACAACAUCCUGAAUUAGCAGAACAAUUAGCUCAAUUUGUCAUUAAGUUGAAGAAACUUCUUGAAAUGGAAAAACCAUUUACACUUAUUAUUGAUGACCCCAGUGGUAACAGCUUUAUGGAGAAUCCUCAUGCUCCAAACAAAGAUACAGAAAUGGUUGUGCACAACUAUAAAAGGUCUGCUGAACAGAAUGUAUCACUUGGCAUACCACCUGAAGAAGAUGAUCGGACUGUUGUUGCAAGUGCUGGAAUUCCUGCUGACAAUACUUUGAACCUUAAAGAUGAGGUGUUAUCCUUUGAAAUAAAUUGCCCUAACUGCAAUGCGAUGUGUUCUACUAACAUGAAAUUAAUCAAUAUUCCUCACUUUAAAGAGGUAGUUAUAAUGGCUACAUCUUGUGAACAAUGUGGCCAUCGUGAUAAUGAAGUUAAAAGUAGUGGUGCCAUAGAACCAAAAGGGAAACAUUUGGAUUUGAGAAUACGAACAAUUACUGAUCUGUCUCGAGAUGUCUUGAAGAGUGAAACCAGCAGCAUUUCUAUUCCAGAGCUUGAACUUGAAGCUAUGAUGGGUUCCUUAGGAGGAAAGUUUACAACAGUUGAAGGUUUACUUAGUGAUAUAAAUGACUCACUGUCAAAGAACAAUCCCUUUUGCUUUGGCGACUCUGCUGAGGAAGAAACAAAAGCAAAAAUGAAUGAAUUCAGUAAUAACAUUUCCCAAAUUAUAUCAGGAGAAAAGCUUAAUGUCCAUUUGAUCCUUGAUGAUCCUGCAGGCAAUAGUUAUAUCCAGGAUUUAUGUUUUCCUGAAGAAGACCCUGACCUUAAAAUCACAUAUUAUGAAAGGAAUUUUGAAGAGAAUGAAGCUUUAGGCUUAAAUGAUAUGAAAACUGACAAUUAUUAAGAAGAUUUAAUGCACCAAAUAAUAUCCAUUUUGAUUUUAAAAUACUAUAAAGUUGCUAAUUGGUUUUAAA